AUGCUCGGAAGACCUACUUUAAUAUCUUCCGCACCUGCAGCUAUACGGUGCAGACCUUCCAGGGCAUUUGCACCACAGAUAGCUUAUACAUCUGCUUCAAUUGACGGAUCCGAAAUUCAUGAGAGUAAAAAUGAUUCUAGGUCGGUAAAGGAAGAUACACCAGAAGAACAGGAAUGGUUUAUGAAACAACAGGAUUCUAAGGAUUUUACCUUGGGAUGGUAA